AAAAUGUUCUUUCCGUCCAAACCAAAUAAAUGAGCUAAGUUGCCUACACAACUAACAUAGAAAAGAAAAGAUGUCUCUAUUUGAGAAAGUAGAGGCUGAAGUAGAGAUUAAGGCUUCAGCAAAUAGGUUUCACGAGGUUAAUAGCAAGAGACUAGCUGAGGUACCGAAACUUAGCCCUAACUUUUUACAGAGUGUUGAUUUGGUUGAAGGAGAAUGGGGACAAGAGGGCUCUGUCAUGUGCUGGUAUUUUCUCUUCGAUGGGAAAGCUGUAAUGUCUAAGGAGGUAAUCGAAACCAUUGAUGACAAAAACCUUUUAGUCACUUUCAAGGCGAUUGGAGGAAUACUCAAGGAGAUGUAUAAGAGUUUCAAAUUCAUUAUUCAAGCCACUCCAAAGGGUGAGGGGUGCUUGGUCCACUGGACUUUGGAAUAUGAGAAACUGAAUGCCGAUGACCCUGACGCAAACACAAUGCUUCAGUUCGCAAUUGGUCAGACCAAAGAUAUUGAUGCUCAUCUUGCCCUCGAAUAGCUUGGCAGAAAGAUUACAGCUUGAUGCGUAUUAAUAAGCACAAUGUAUUUGUGUAAAAUAAAAUUUCUGGGAGCUUUAAAGACUUCUUAUAAAUAGAGCUUCCAAUAUUGCCUGCUGUAUCAUGUUGUUAAUAAAAACUUAACAGUUUAAUUGUUGUGAAAA